AUGGCAGAUCAGCGGCCACCGUGGCCGACACUGGGCCACGCCCGCCGCAUUCCAAUUCACUCGGGGUCUGAUGAGUCGUUUGAAUUCGCUCGCAAUUGUAUCAAAGACUGCAAAUCAAACCCUAAGCAUGGCGCAUGCCGGAAUUCUUCCCCUAAUAACACACUCCCGACGCGACUCAUAGACGUCCAAGGGAAGGACCAAGGUUUAAAGCUGGUCGAGUUGGAGGGAAAGAAAGUUGAGUAUGUCACACUCAGCUAUUGUUGGGGGCGUGGAUCGGCAGUGAAAACGACAAGCGGAAAUUUAGCAGAAAUGCGGGAAAGGAUUGAUUGGGGGACCUUACCGGCCCUGUUUCAAGACGCCGUCACCAUCACACGCCGCCUGAAUAUCCGCUAUUUGUGGAUUGACGGUCUAUGCAUCAUUCAAGAUGACAAAGGGGAUUGGGAAACCGAAUCCGCGAGGAUGAGCGACAUCUAUGAGGCUUCGUAUGUGACAAUCGCGGCUGACACUUGUGAGGACAAUAGCCACUUCUGUCUGGCACAUCGCCCGAAGCGACUGCGCCUUGAACACCAGAAUACACGAGGGAAAGCGUUUACGAUCAAAGCGCGAAAAGUUCUCGACCACCACGAAGCCUCGGAAGAGGACCUGGCCUUUCGAGUUCAGGGACCCUUGAGGGCUCGCGCUUGGGCUUUGCAAGAAAAUGUCCUAUCCCCCAGGAUCCUGCACUACACGGAGACAGAGCUUACAUUUGAGUGUCGUUCAACACAUCGUUGCGAGUGCAAUCCAUCUCCAAGCCAGAAAGCCACGACACCAGGUCUAUUACCCAAACUGCUUUCGACGAAACGCCAUCCCAAAGUCUUCGGGACUUGGCACCGCAUUGUCGCACAGUAUACUCUCCGGAAGCUGACAGUAGCAUCUGACAAGCUGCCAGCGAUCUCGGGCAUUGCUAAGAAGGUCCAAGCGGCCACAAAGUCCGCUUAUCUUGCCGGACUGUGGAGAGAUAACUUAGUAGAGGACUUACUCUGGGCUUCUGCGCCGCAUCUGGAAUCACCGCACAUCGCACCGAGAUUGGACGGGUACCGUGCGCCCAGUUUCUCAUGGGCCUCCGUCGACACCCAGAUUCAGCCUUUUGAGGACUGCAAGGACGAAGAUGUCGAGCUGAGCCCUCACAUCUCGAUUGCAAGAGCCUCCUGUACUGUAUUCGGACUCAAUCCGCUAGGCGAGGUCACGGACGGUUUCAUCGAUUUAUGCGGCCCUGUGGCAGAAGCGACGUUGGUGGCUCCAGAACACUACAAAUUCGGGUACCAGUUGAUGACGACCGGCUGUGGGGCUGCUAUCGACGUUUCGCCGGACUCACUGCUAGUAGAAGACGCAAUCGAGAAUGAAACGGGGCCUCAUCAGGCGACAACAGUACGGCGCGGAAAAGAAGGAGAGAGCUAUAAGCCUUUCAAAGUACCGGUGUGGUGUCUGAGUGUGGCGGGCUAUUCCUGCGGCUGGAUCUCCGGGCUCGUUUUGACAAAGUCGUCGCAGGUUCGAGGAGCUUAUGAACGGAUUGGCCACUUUACGUGCGGGAACGACUGGCUCAUCGGAACAAAGAAGCAGAAAAUCAAGAUUGUAUGA